UUCUCCUUGGUUGUUGAUAUUCUCUUUUGCACUACUUUGCCUCCAUGGACGGUCUGAGAAUACUAAGCCUCAAGAACUCGAAUACGAAUGCGUUGAUAUGUACAAACAACCUUCGCUACAACACCCUCUACUCAAAAAUCAUAAAAUCCAAGUGAGACCAAGCAACGAAGUCUUAGCCAUGAUAUCGAAAGAUGCAUCACUAGAAGAAGAGUUAUCAAACAAUGAAGCCGUUGCUGAGUUUGAUAUACCAGGAGAAGGAUGUCCUCAAGGACAAGUACCGAUCCAUAAACCAAGAAAUCUCUUCAACAACACGGAGAAACAUUUCUAUUCUAACUAUGGAACUCUUGGUGAACAUGCUGCGAUAGUCAGGAAACAUGAUCCCAGCCCGUCGCGUGGAGCAUCAGCAUGGGUUAGUAUUUACGAGCCUAAAGUGACAAAAGACCAAUUCAGCAUGACUAUAAUUGAGCUCCACACUAAUUAUGGUGACGAAGGCGAACGCACCAGCGCGCAGAUUGGUUGGGCUGUGAACCCUCCAUUAUAUGGCGAUCACCGUUCAAGACUUACUGCAUAUUGGACUCCGGAUGCGAUGGACAACGGAUGUUACAAUGUACAGUGUAAGGGCUUCGUUCAAGUUGACAGGAAACUCUAUCUUGGUGCCAGUUUUCAGCGCACCUCUGUGGUGGGAGGCAAACAAUAUAAAGGUUUCUUUGCACUCCAUCAGGAUCGGAAAACGAACAACUUGUUGGUGUCAUACAUGAAGACAUACAUAGGGUAUUGGCCAGGGGAAAUUCUACCGUAUUUGGAGAAUGGAGCGAAGGAGGUAGUAUAUGGCGGAUUCACGUAUACUCCGUCCGAAAACAUGCAUCCAUGGGAUGUUGUUAGCCCACCGAUGGGUAAUGGGAGAAAACCUCUGGAUGAAGAAGUUGGUCUAAGCCAUACUUGCUAUAUGCACUCUGUUAGACAUGUGACACAAGAUUAUAUAAGUGUCGACAUUGAUACCGUCAAGUUCGUCGAAGAUGCGGACGUAGGUAGAUGUUACGAUGUGAUUAUUCAAGAUCCUGGCAAGUAUGGACAAAUGUUUACCUUCGGUGGACCUGGUGGUUACUGUGAGUGAUCUUUCUUUCUUGUUUUGUUACUUCUCUUUGAUUUAAUAAACAUCAUAUACAAUUCAUAUAUAAAAUUACCGAGUUUAUUCUCUGA